AGUGAGUAUAUAAAUUGAGGUAAUAACGCGUGAAUAUGAAGAGAAGCACCUUGUCCUCUGCAACUCCGAAGUCCUAAAUCUAAAUACCGUUUCAUCUUUCCAAACGCCGCCGUCAACUCACCGCCGCCAAAGGCCACCGCCGUUCUUCCGCCAUACUGUUUGUUGGUAUAAAGUUUAGAAAGUCCCUAUCUUUGUUAAAAUAAAACUCCGGGGAUGGCUUCUUCUUCUUUGCAACUUUUCAGUCUGCCACCACCAUCUCCGGUGCAAAAACACCGACCUUCUUCUUCUGUUAUAAAAUGUAUCUCUACAAGCCCUUCACCGUCUUCGGCGUUGAGCACAAACGGGAGCACCCCUUUGCCUAAUUCAAUCCUAUCAUCACCGCCGAUCAAUUUCUCAGCCAAGUACGUCCCUUUCACCUCCAUAGCCACCGGGUCUCCCACCUCGGAGUGUUACUCUUUGGACGAAAUUGUUUACCGGAGCCGUUCAGGCGGGCUUCUCGACGUCCAACAUGAUAUGGAAGCUUUAAAGCAGUUUGAUGGGGAAUAUUGGAAGGCUCUGUUCGAUUCCCGGGUCGGGAAAACCACUUGGCCGUACGGUUCCGGAGUUUGGUCCAAGAAAGAAUGGGUCUUGCCCGAAAUUGAUGAUGAUGAUAUCGUCAGCGCCUUUGAAGGGAAUUCCAAUCUUUUCUGGGCUGAGCGUUUUGGGAAGAAAUUCGUGGGGAUGAAUGACUUGUGGGUGAAACAUUGUGGGAUUAGUCACACGGGGAGUUUUAAGGAUUUGGGUAUGACUGUUUUGGUUAGCCAGGUGAACCGGCUGAGGAAAAUGAACCGCCCCUUGGUCGGAGUUGGCUGUGCUUCCACCGGAGACACUUCCGCCGCCUUGUCGGCCUACUGCGCCGCCGCUAAUAUACCUUCAAUUGUGUUCCUUCCGGCCAACAAAAUCUCCAUGGCCCAAUUGGUUCAGCCAAUAGCUAAUGGUGCAUUUGUGCUUAGUAUCGAUACAGAUUUCGAUGGCUGCAUGAAAUUGAUCCGGGAAGUCACUUCAGAGCUGCCUAUUUACUUGGCAAAUUCUUUGAACAGUUUGAGGCUUGAAGGACAAAAGACAGCUGCAAUAGAAAUUCUACAGCAAUUCGAUUGGGAGGUUCCUGAUUGGGUCAUCAUCCCUGGUGGGAAUUUAGGCAAUAUUUAUGCAUUUUACAAAGGAUUCAAGAUGUGUCAGGAACUGGGUUUGGUUGAUCGAAUUCCAAGGCUUGUCUGUGCCCAAGCUGCAAAUGCGAAUCCAUUGUAUUUGUACUACAAAUCAGGGUGGAAUCAAUACCAGCCAAUAAAAGCCGAUGCAACUUUUGCUUCCGCUAUACAGAUUGGCGACCCUGUCUCGAUUGACAGAGCUGUUUAUGCUUUGAAGAAUUCAGAUGGCAUUGUUGAGGAGGCGACAGAAGAGGAAUUGAUGGAUGCUAUGGCUAUGGCUGAUUCGACCGGGAUGUUUAUUUGUCCGCAUACGGGUGUGGCCUUAACAGCUCUGAUUAAGCUUAGGGAACGUGGGAUAAUUGGUCCCAAUGAAAGGACUGUUGUUGUUAGUACUGCUCAUGGGUUAAAAUUCACUCAGGCCAAGAUUGAUUAUCAUUCCAAAAACAUCCCAGGUUUGGCUUGCGGGUUGGCGAAUCCUCCGGUGGAAGUGAAAGAUGAUCUCGGAAAGGUUAUGGAUGUCCUGAAGAAUUACUUGGAUAGAAGAUCUUCUUAGCGGUACAUUUGUUUUUUGCAGUGGUACAUUUGUUUUUGCAAGUGUUAUUGUAUACUUUAAACUUUACACGGUUAAGAAUGGAGGUUUAUAUAAAUACAAUAAUGGAGGGUACAUCACCAGGGGAAAAUCUCAAUUUUCUUCUCUCUGUUUCCUUAGUCCUUUAGUACUUAGUUUAUACAGUUUUCUGAUUGAAGUAUUGAGUUCUUGUUCAGUAGAACGCGUUGUUUAUCUUUACUGGCUUAUUCGUUUUUUUCCCUCUUGUAAUAAUAAGAAGAAUAUGACUCGGGAACCAAAGACUUGUUAAUAAUAAAAGACUCGUGUGUUUUUUUUCCCC